AUGGACGUCCCACGUCACGAGGAUCACAUUUUUCCUCCAACGAAACGUCAGAAGCGGCCAGAGAACGCGGAUGCCCACCGGUUGAGCAACUCAAACUUCUGGUUCGAGGACGGCGACAUUGUCCUGGAGAUCGAGGGGCACAUGUUCAAGAUCCACCGUUCACGACUGAAAUGCUCAGACAUAUUCUCUGAUAUGCUGGAGAUCCCACAACCUCAGAUUAUGGAAAGUGUCGAUGACUGCCCGCUCGUGCAGCUCCCAGACUCUGCGCAAGACUGGCAUACUGCGUUGCGCUGGAUGUAUGACCCUUCAUCAUUUAACUCCAUGCCACACCCUGUGCCCUUCUCUCUCCUUCCUAGCGCGCUCCGGAUAGCAACGAAGUACGAGAUCGGUGCUCUCCGUGAGUGGGCAAUACGCUGCCUACGAGCUCGCUGGCCGUCUGACCUUGAGCGCAUGGAUACAAUGUCCCUACCUUGUGCUGCUGAGGGAAUCGCACUUGCGCGCGAAUGCGAGGUUCCAGACAUCCUUCCGGCCGCAUUCUACGUGCUUUCCGUGCAGCGGUGGUGCUACAAUGCCGAUGGCGGACGGGCACAUGUCGUACUGUCUGCCACCGACAUGCGUCGUCUCCUCGUUGGGCGAGAGCGUUUGGACAACUUUCGUUGUCGGAUACUGGCUGAUCCACUCGCCCUGCACCCGAAUUCCCCCCCUUAUGAGGCAUGUGCGUCAUGUCGUGAUGCUCUGCAACGAUAUUGGCGCGCCAAGGUCGUUUCGGAUCCUCACUCGCCUCUAAAUUGUUGGCUGCUGCGCGAACUGGCGCAGAUGUCUGUCACACCCGCCGUGCUUCGUCGCCUCAUGCGCGAGCUCACCGAGCUCCAAACGAACCCGCCAGAGGGAAUACGCGUCGUCACCAGCGAUGAUAACAUGCUAGACGUGAUUGGAAUCAUUGAGGGACCAGAGGGAACUCCUUAUGCUGGUGGCUACUUCAGGAUCAAGUUCGCUUUCACAGAAGAGUUUCCGGCUGCGCCACCAAAAUGCCGUUUUAUCACCAAAAUAUUCCAUCCUAACGUUUCCUCUGCGGGGGAAAUCUGCGUUAACACGCUCAAGAAGGAUUGGAAGUCGUCAUAUGGAAUUGGCCACAUCCUUGUCACUGUCAAAUGCCUGUUGAUUUAUCCCAAUCCCGAAUCCGCAUUGGAUGAAGAAGCAGGCAAACUGCUCCUGGAGAACUACGACAGCUAUUGUGAGCGGGCGAAACUGAUCACGAGUGUUCAUGCAACACCCAGGGUGCGCCCUGCAGAAUUCACCGCACCAGUAGCAAGUCCUCUGUCUGCGGAGCCAUCGGCAUCCUUAUCCGUUGUGGCGGCUCCUUCGGUUCCGCCAGCCGCGCGCGUCACAUCAAACCCUAUUGUUUCUUCAAAUCCAUCGACGCAGCAAAAAGCCAUCCCAGCGCCGACGCUUCCAUUACAAACGUCAAUGCCAAAUGCUCUGAGUACCACACCUUCGGUGCAGACCCUCUCCGGCGACAAGGGUACGGUGAAAGAACGGCUAACAUCACCAUCACCGUUAGGAACAGCAGAUUCGAACGUGGCCCUAGCAGUGAGUGUAGACUCGGGAGCGAAGGCGGUGAAGAGGGCUGCGGCAGGUACGGGUACGGGAGAGAAGCGGAAGAAGGCUCUGAAGCGAUUAUAA